AAAAACUCUUUUGUGAGAGGCACAGAAGAGGUAGAGGGGCAGCAGAAAAUCUGAACACUGGCGCUGAAUGCUCACAAAAAAAGGACCUACAAAUUCCAGCCUACAGUCUUGUUGCUCACUUUGGAUUAAUGAAAAGAGAUGACAAAGAGUAGGAAAAUGUGACAGUGCUGAAAACCUUCCGAGAAUUAUUGAAGCUGAAAAAGGGCGUACAUAAAAGACGAGUGAACAUCACCACUUUGGUAACAAAUCAACUGCAACCACCGAAGUCUAGGACAAGAAUGGACCGGACACUGACAUGGCAUAUGCUCCUGCUGGUCUUUUCCCUCAACACUGUCGUCUGGGCGUGUCCAAAUGGAUGCCUGUGUGAACAAGACAAAGUCCAAUGCAUUGGCAUGUCAGAAUUUCCAACGGGUCUGUCCUCAUCAACCAGUCAUUUUUUGUUUAUCAACUGCAGGUUUUACUUUCUGAAACCAGACGACCUGACCAGUUCCGCUAAUGCCCUUAGUGUGUUCAUAAUUAAAGAUAGUGUUUUGAAUGAAGUGCGCCCUGGCACAUUUGAUUCUACUCCAGACAUGGAUACAUUAGGUUUUAUAGGCACAGAACUUCAAGAUCUCCCAGAAACCUUGUUCCAAAAUCUUCUGAGGCUUAAUUUUUUGUUUCUGAGGAUGAACAAGCUCAAUGUCCUUCGUCCUGAGUGGUUUUCCCAGUUGACAGAGCUGAAAAAACUUGAGCUCAAUGAGAAUCUUUUCACAUCUGUACCUGUUGAAACCUUUCACUCUCUUACUAAGCUCAAUUACCUUUCACUUGCUUCAAACAAUAUCAGUCAACUCUCCAGAGAGACAUUUAGGGGUCUGUCUGAACUGAAAACAUUACGUCUUAAUAAAAACAUGCUACUAGAAUUCCCAACUGGCAGUUUCGAUGACCUUAUAAAUCUUGAGGAACUGUCCUUACAAGACAAUCUAAUCACUCACCUCGACCAUGAACUGUUCUCCAACACUCUGAAACUCCAAAAGCUAUUCCUCUCCCAAAACAGGCUCAAAUCUCUUCCACAAGGAAUCUUCUUACAGCUUCCCCUCCUUUCCCAGAUCUCCCUGUAUGAAAACCAGCUGGAAAGUCUGGGGCCAGGAGUUUUUGGGCCCAUGGCCCUGAAGGAGUUGUGGUUGUAUGACAACAAGCUCAGCCGUGUAGAUGAUGACACAUUCAGGAACCUCACCCAGUUACAUCUCCUGGUGCUUAGUCGCAACCAGAUCAGCAAUGUGUCCACAGGCGCAUUUAGAGGGUUGGAGCAGCUGGGAGAGAUAUCACUACACACCAAUCAGCUCAACACCUUGGAAGCUGGGACUUUUCAAGACCUCCCCCGCCUGGUCAACAUUUCCUUAGAGCACAACUUCAUCCAAUCUUUCCCCUCAGAUGUCCUCCAAGGCGUGAGCGAGCUGGGACAGAUAGACCUGCAUGACAACCGUCUUUCAAGCCUACCACAGGAGAGUCUAGAUGCUCUCAAUAUAGCAAAUGAAACACUCUUGCACAAGAACCCCUGGAUGUGUGACAAGGAUAUUCUGCCUCUCAGGAACUGGCUGAGACAGCACCCUCACAAGGUCAACCAAAGCCUUGUGGUGUGUGAAACUCCUGUUACUCUAAAAGGUAAGGGGAUAGUGUUGCUGACAGAUGAGGACCUAAUGCCUUUUGACUCUACUAAGGAACCCAUGUCAACAUCAACAGAGAAGAGGACGCAACCCAAUACACCUCCUGUCAGAAGAAGCACUUCCUCACCUGCUGUCAAGACCACACCCACCUCGGAAUAUGAAGAUGUCACCAGCAGUGGACAAGGAGACAAUGGAACAUUUUCUAAGGAUACUUCAAUCAUCCUAAUCAUCAUUGCUGUAAUUUCCAUAGUCAUCAUAACUGUCAUUGUAAGCUGUGUGUGCUGGAGGAGAAAGAAGAGGGGCAAGGGAAACAUAGACAACAGAAAUAAGAACUCUGUGCUGUAAAGGAGACCAAUCUUAAACCAAGGAAACUGCCCACUGGUUUGUCCUGGAAAUAUGGAUCAGUUGAUAGUAGAACCUGGAAGGCAACACUAGUAAUUACUGCAGUUCCAUUUGAACUAACCAACUGCUUUGCUUUUAAAUUCAUUAGCUUUCAAUUACUAUUUUCAAAUGUGCUAUAAGAAGAAAAAAGACACCUCAAUGUACUAUCUUGUGGAAACACUUGGAGUGACUCUAAACUAUGCCCUUGAUUUUCAGUACUAAUAAUAUGUCAGUUUCACUAUACAUAUACAAAAUUAAAAUUGCAAUUUUGAGUCCGCUGUAACACAAUUCAGUGCAAUAUGCUUCUGUACAUUGAAUAAAGACACAGCUUUUAGUGUGAGCAUUCUUCAUUGUGUUUAUUAUCAACUGAAUUUCACUGUUUCUGAUAAGAAUGAAAGCAUUAAAACAUUACCACCCUUAACCUGA